AGCAAGAGGAAGAGUCACACGCUCAGUUGCGCGGUCACUUGCACGCAGGUACUCAGGAUACUGAGGCUGGGUGAGAGACUAUACGAGAGAGAGAGAGAGAGAGAGGGGGGAUAAGAGACAGAGGACAGCCACUGGUUGCUCAUAGACACUCAAGCUUUCAAGGAGAGCACUGGCAGCCUGCCUUAUGUGUGGCUCCUCUCAAGGCUUCACAGCCUCCUCCUCGCCGUGCACCACAGCCAUGUUAACCUCAGAAAGCUCUCCACAAAGGACAGGGGUCACUGUAGCGGCGAUGCCAGAGACACAAGAUACAGACAUGACAUCAUGGUGCGAGGAAGACUUUGAGGAGAAGUGCACUUAUAUUGUGAAGGACCAACUUCUGGAGGACGAGUCCGAAAACAACGGCAAGACACAAGCUGAGAGAUCCUUACCCCGAAACCUGGCCCUGAAACGCUGCCAUGAUUCUGCAGAGGUGCGUGGGGUGACCAGUAAGGAGCUGAUUCCUAAGGGGACACGUUUCGGUCCUCUGGUUGGGGAAAGCUACACCAACGAAACGCUGCCGAAAGACGCAGACAGGAAGUACUUUUGGAGGGUCUUCUCGGAGGGGCGUCUCCACCACAUCCUGGAUGGUUUGAACGAGGAGAGGAGCAACUGGAUGCGUUACGUCAACCCAGCCUGCACUACAGAUGAGCAGAACCUGGUUGCGUGCCAGAGCGGUCUAGACAUCUUCUUCUACACCGUCAAACCACUUCAGCCUGGCCAAGAGCUCCUGGUGUGGUACUGCCCUGAAUUUGCCCAGCGUUGUAACUACCCUCCACUGUGCCAACUCGCUAUUGACAGUAUUGAGCAGAGUCAAGAGGAGGAGAAGACAACAGCUAAACGAGGACACAGUGUCUCUGAAAUCCUCCGAAAUGAGCCCUCCAAAUCCCAGACUGCCUGCAGCAGACAUCUGGACAGUCCCUUGUCUCAGACCAACCUCCCUGCAGUUUUUCCCUUGUGUCCCCGCGUGGUCUACCCAGUCCAGCCCCGCUCAGAAUCAAUUCAUGGUCAUAAAUAUGCAACUCUACCAUCUCUGCCAUCCUGUAGCCCUCCAGCUGCCAAAAGGCUGGCUCUAAGUGUCCCCUCCAGUUUGCACUUCACCUUUCAGCACAGUCAAAGCCCCGUUAUAGUUAAACCUUACCAAGAGCCCUCUGCGCUAGGUCGUGUUCAUCCUGCUCUGCAGCAUGCUCCCUAUCUGCUGCCUCACUACUCACUUGGCCUUAACGGUAUUCUACCUCAUUCAUACCCAUUCCAUAGUGACCGACUGAAACCUCACUUAACAUCUCAUUUGCUACCUUUUGACGGCUAUGCGCACUUCCUCCACCCUCUGGCAAACACACAUAAAGACUUGACACUUGCACUAUCCAACGCCAAACAAGACCUCAUUCUUUCACCUGAGCACAGAGACAACAAGGACCGUGCAUCCAAAAGGACAAACUACCUCAAGAUCCCCUCAGAUGACCUCAGAGAUUUCAAACACUCGCCUCCAAGCAAUGUCCAUGCAGACCUCACAGUACCUGCCACAUCCAGUGCCUCAUCCAUGGUCACCUCACUCCGCAGAGCACUGCCGUCUCUAGCACCUGGAGGAUGCUCACCACCGGUGGGCAUGGCCGCUUUCUCAGACUGCCUUCCCUCCAAACCCACCUCUGCAAAUCAGAGCAAUAAUGAGGAUGCAGUGGAUCUCAGGAAGACCAAACGAGGGGGACAGAUUAUUGGCUACAAGACCCUGUCUUACCCCCUUACCAGGCAGAACGGAAAGAUCCGGUAUGAGUGCAACAUCUGUGGGAAGGUCUUUGGGCAGCUUUCCAACCUAAAGGUCCAUCUGCGAGUGCACAGCGGAGAACGUCCAUUCAGGUGUCAGACCUGCAAUAAGAACUUCACUCAACUGGCCCACCUGCAGAAACACUACCUGGUUCACACUGGAGAGAAGCCUCAUGAAUGCAAGGUGUGCCAUAAGCGAUUCAGCAGCACUAGUAACUUAAAGACUCACCAGCGGCUACACUCAGGGGAGAGGCCUUACCAGUGCAAGCUCUGUCCAGCCCGCUUCACUCAGUUUGUCCACCUGAAGCUCCACAAACGCCUCCACAGUGGAGAACGACCUCACAGAUGUCCUUGCUGCCCCUGUGCCUAUCUCCACUACUGCAGCCUCCAGGUGCACCUCCAAGGUUUCUGCCCCCUCUCCCCCUCGGCCUCCCACAGACACUCACCGGAGGAGCUACACCGAGUCAACGCAGAGAUCGAGAGGUUUGACAUGAGCGAGGCAGCAGAGCAGCUCGAGGCCAUGGCUGCAGAGGCCGAGAUGGACCAAGGGAAUGUUAUUGACCUCAUAAAGAAAAUGGAGACUCAUAGCUCUGCCCACCACGAUGGUGCAGAAGGGGAGACUGACCUGAGCAUCUACAAAUCAGCAAACAAGUUUUCUGCAGUUCAGCUGCGUCAUAGCAGCUCUCUACCUCUGCAUUCAACCGGCAUCAAACUGGAGUCAGGCUGCAUAUCAGAGGCCUAAGACUGCCUUGCUAAUCCAGCCAUAUAAUCCUUACAGGUCAACUCAGCAGCUGUCUGUUACUACCCUAUUUGAAGUAAAGCCUUAUCUCUAUCAUGGAUUGCCUACUCUGCACAGGCUGUAGCGUGUGAAGAAUCAAAGACUUUACCAGCAUGGCCUGGAACCAGUGACUCGUUUGAUUUAAUGUAUACAUUUUUUGUUAAUUUAUUCUGUUACUAACAUUAAUCUAAAAUGUAUGAAAACAGAGAUUUGUGACAUUUUCUGCUCUUAUAUCUCUGAAGCAUCUUCUUGAAACAACAACUAAACAUGUGA